AUGUGGUCAAAUGUAGCUGAAUCUUUCAAUUCGUGGAUACGAGAGGAACGCCACUUGCCUAUCACAAUGUUGAUUGAUAGUGUAAGAAUUAAGUUGAUGAGGAAAAUUGCUAAGAGGAGGGAACUUGUUAAUAAAUGGAAUGGUUUGAUUUGCCCUAAAAUAGAGUCCAAGUUGCAUGAUGGUUUUAAUACUUCGAGGCCAUGGAUUGUUAGUUCAUCUGGAAAUGAUGUCUAUGAGGUGCAUUCACAUCCAUCUAUUUUAGUUGACAUUAGUAGACGAAUAUGUCCUUGUGGCGAGUGGCUGUUGAAAGGGUUUCCAUGUGCACAUGCAAUUGGUGCUAUACAAAAGAGUGGACAUGAUUUGAGUUUAUUUGUUGAUCAAUACUUCUAUGUUCAAAGUUAUCGAGAGUCCUAUUCUUUUCCCAUAUAUCCUGUUCCUUCAAUUUGGAAACCAGAUUGUAAUGUUGAUGGUGAUGGUGAUAGUGAAGUUGUUCUUUCUCCUUUGUCUAAGAAGCAACCAGGAAGGCCAAAUAAGAAGAGGAUUCGUUCAAAUGGUGAGAAAGUGAGACAAAUUACUUGUAGUAGAUAUGGGAAGGUUGGCAAUCACAAUAAGAAAUUGUGUAAGGAGGCUUUGUGA